UCAGUGCUCACACCGUCCAGAGAGACCGUCCAGAGCCAUAAGAGAGCCAGAGGAGAGCCACACACCACAGAAUAGAGGAGAGCCAGAGGAGAGCCACAGGAGAGCCACAGGAGAGCCACACACCACAGGCCAGAGGAGAGCCAGAGGAGACCCAGAGGAGACCCAGAGGAGAGCCACACACCACAGACCAGAGGAGAGCCAGAGGAGAGCCAGAGGAGAGCCAGAGGAGAGCAAGAGGAGAGCCAGUGACUAGAGAAGAACAAGAGAAGAACCAGAGGAGAGCUAGAACCAGAGAAGAAUCAGAGGAGAGCCAAGGGAGAACCACAAACCAGAGAAGAACUAGAGAAGAACUAGAAGAGAGCCAGAGGAGAGCCACAGACCAGAGAUCAGCAAAGAACCAGAGGGGAGCAAGAGACCAGGGACUAGAGAAGAACAAGAAAAGGAGUGCCAGAAACUAGAGGAGAACCAGAGCCAAAGGAGAACCAGAGAAGACCCAGACGAGAACCAGAGGAGAGCCAGAAUCAGAGGACAGCCAAAGGAGAGCCAAAGGAGACCCAGCACCAGAGGAGAACCAGUGGACAGCCAGAACCAAAAGAGAAACAGAGGAGAGCCAGAGGAGAGCCAGAGGAGAAAGAGAGGAGAUAUACAGGUUGGAAAGUGAUUCACAGCUGGACGUUUCCUUCUUUCUAACAAGGCAUUUCUUUGAAGACUUCCUCGUGUCGUGUCCUCAGAGCUGCUCAGACUCAGAUCACAGUGAAGGUCUUACAGCAGGACUUAAAGUAAAAGAUUUGAGCUGCUGCAGGGACCAUGGCCGAGGCCCCUCUGGAGCCCACAGAGCUCCUCCACACUGAGCUCCUGUCCACACCUCCACACCUCCAUCAAACCUGCGAUGACCUCUCGGUGCCCUCUUCUCCUGCCACUGUGCGGAGCGAGUGUGGCAUCACCCCCCUGACGCCCACACCCUCUCCGAGAGUGGAGGUGCGACCCAAAAUGGCCUCUCCAUUCUCGGUGGUAGUGGCCAUAGACUUUGGAACCACGUCCAGCGGCUACGCCUUCAGCUUCACCCACUCAGAGGCCAUCCACGUCAUGAAGCGCUGGGAGGGCGGAGACCCUGGAGUGGCCAAUCAGAAGAGCCCAACCUGCCUGCUGCUGACCCCUGACCUCCGCUUCCACAGUUUUGGCUUCUCUGCGCGAGACUUUUACCAUGAUCUGGACCCAGACGAAGCGCAGCACUGGCUCUACUUCGACAAGUUCAAGAUGAAGAUCCACAGCACCAGUGACCUUUCCAUGGAGACGGAGCUGGAGGCGGUGAACGGCCGAAAGGUCCGAGCCAUCGAAGUGUUCGCCCACGCCCUGCGCUUCUUCAGAGAGCACGCCCUAAAGGAGGUGAAGGAGCAGUCUUCGUCAGUGUUAGAGGGGGAGGAGAUCCGCUGGGUCAUCACUGUGCCGGCAGUGUGGAGGCAACCGGCCAAACAGUUCAUGAGAGAGGCCGCCUACCUGGCAGGGCUGGUGUCUCCAGACUGUCCCGAGCAGCUGUUGAUUGCUCUGGAGCCUGAGGCCGCGUCCAUCUACUGCCGUAAACUCCGCCUUCACCAGGUGAUUGACCUGAGCACGCAGCUAAUCCCCAACGGCCUGGGCACGGACGAGUCCCGCCCCUUUGACUCCAGCUUCAGACAAGCGCGGGAACAGCUGAGGAGGUCCCGACACAGCAGAACGUUUGUAGUGGAGAGCGGGACUGGUGACCUGUGGUCCGAACUGCAGACCGGUGACCGUUACGUGGUGGCUGACUGUGGAGGUGGGACUGUGGACCUGACUGUGCACCAGAUCGAGGAACCCCAGGGAACGCUGAAGGAGCUCUACAAGGCCUCAGGAGGUCCAUACGGGGCCGUGGGGGUGGACCUGGCCUUUGAGUCCAUGCUAUGUCAGAUCUUUGGAGAAGACUUCAUCCAGAGUUUCCGCGCCAAGCGUCCUGCAGCCUGGGUGGACCUGAGCAUCGCCUUUGAGGCCCGCAAACGUACAGCUGCCCCAGGACGCACCAACGCCCUCAACAUCAGCCUGCCCUUCUCCUUCAUCGACUACUACAAGAGGCACCGUGGGCACAGCGUGGAGGCGGCGCUCCGGAGGACCAGUCUGAACAUGGUGAAGUGGUCAUCUCAGGGAAUGCUGCGGCUCACCCAGGAGGCCAUGCACGAGCUCUUCCAGCCCACCAUCCACAGCAUUGUCACACACAUCGAGGAGCUGAUGAGCCGGCCUGAGGUGCAGGGAGUGCGCUUCCUCUUCCUGGUGGGCGGGUUUGCGGAGUCGGCCAUGCUGCAGAGGGCCAUCCAGAGGUCUGUGGGGCGCAGCUGUCGCGUCAUCAUCCCACACGACGUGGGCCUGACCAUCCUGAAGGGGGCGGUGCUGUUUGGCCUGGACCCCAGCGUGGUGAGGGUGCGCCGCUGCCCGCUCACCUAUGGGGUGGGCGUGCUCAACCGCUUUGUGGAAGGGAGACACCCGCGGGACAAGCUGCUGCUGAAGGACGGACGCGAAUGGUGCACUGAUGUCCUGGACCGCUUUGUCUCCGUCGACCAAUCAGUGGCUCUGGGAGAAGUGGUGAGGCGGAGCUACACGCCGGCACGCGUGGGCCAGCGGAAGAUCAUCAUCAACAUCUACUGCAGCCGUUCGGACGACGUGGUGUACGUGACGGACCCCGGGGUGAGGAAAUGCGGCACCAUCACACUGGACCUGCCCCAGCCCCUGCCCGGCCCCGGGACCACAGGGGCCACCGCAGGAGGCCCGCCACAGCGCAGGGAGAUCAGAGCCUCCAUGCAGUUUGGAGACACGGAGAUCAAGGUGACCGCUGUGGACGUCAUGUCCAACCGCUCAGUGCGGGCGUCUGUGGACUUCCUGUCCAACUGAGCAGAAGAAGUGGAGACAGAGACCCCAGAGUCCCCUUUUUGGACACACCCAGAGUACAUACACACAAUCCCCUUAAAGGACACACUCAGAGGACAUACACACAGUCCCCUUUAAGGACACACCCAGGGGACAGACACAGACCACUGUAAGGACACACCCAGGACAUACACACAGGACAGUCCUUCAGAGGACAGUCCUUCAGAGGACAGUCCUGCUGAAGAGUGUAGUCCUGGAGAACUCUGAACAUCAGCACUUUGACCUGAGUACUUAAGCACUGAACCAGUGUGCACCCUCUACAGGUGAACCAUACUUAAGCAGUGGACAGAAUGAACAGAAGUGACGCUAAACACACCGAGAACACUCCAUCCUCUGCCUCUCAUCUGCUAACUGUAUGCCCUCUUGUGACUACAUCCUUAACUGUCUUUGACCUUCUCUGAGGCCUGGACCUCCUACUCUAUCCUUUUUGUACACAAAUGAACCACAAGUGCAUUUACACUUUACAUUUAGAAUGUCUAACUGCAGGACAUCUCCUGAACGUGUAAAGACUGACCUGUGAGCCUGGAGUUUAUAUGAUAAACUCAGCAACACACUGGCUUAGGCAGCUACAGUAAAGGCUGCUCUGGCCAGAAGACUGAAUAUAAAAGGCCACAUAGUGGCCAUAUGCUUUCAACUUAAAAAAUGUUGGAAACCAAUGUCUUAAUGUCUUCACAAUGAUGUAAUGCAAACAUACUCAUGUGUCAUUAUAUGAAGGUUAUUUACUGUGAGAAAAAUAAAAGAACAGUUUUUGUUUAUGUCCCUUUAAAG